CUAGAGGGAGGGGGGAUUAUUAUUGUGCUUGUUUCUUCUUUUCUUUCUUGUUGAUGUUUAUUUUUAUAUUUUAUAUUUUCAAUUGAGAUUUAGAUUUGAGAUUUGUUAGGAAGAACGAUUAAAUUAAAUAAAACAAUCACAUUCAUAUUCACAUUCACCUCAAUCAACAACAAACACAAAAAUGUCUUUCAUCCUCCGUCAAUCGAUUCGAGCUGCUCGUCCAGUCUCCAUCGCUUUCCCCACCAAACGUACAUUUGCCAUCUCGAGCAUGCGAGCUUUAAAAGAGAGUGAUAGACAUGCCCCAGAAAAAGCUGCGGAUUAUGAACGUCAUAAGCAAGAUCAAUUGGCCAAACAAAAGGAGGGAAAGAAUCACUGGAAACCAGAAUUGGCUAGUGAUAGUGAAGAAGCUGUAGCAGCAGAUCGCCACGAACAUGAUGAUCAUUCCGCAGAGGGACUCAAGGAAUUACAAAAGGAGACUGCGGGACAUGCCGAAGAGAAACAUAAGUGAGAUGGUCCUUUGUAAUGAGCGAGCGAGUUCUUGAAAUAUUGUUCAUGAAUGGAACGAGUCAGGAUAGUGGGUUGUAGAUUUGGAUUUGGGGAUUUAGGGGUGGGGUUGAGGAGGGUGGAAAUUGAGGAAAUACUGUUGAGAUGAGGGGGGUGAGGUGUUCCUGGAGGUUUAGGGGA